AUGGCCACACAGAACACAAUGCGCGCCGUGGUGUUCCACGAGCCUUACAAGGUGGCGGUUGAGGAGCGGCCGAUCCCCACUAUCCAGGAUCCCGAGGAUGUUAUUGUGAAGGUGAGGUAUACGGCGCUGUGUGGAAGUGACCUCCAUACUUUUCGAGGCAUUGAACCUGCUGGAUCUGGGUUCAUCAUGGGCCACGAAGUUACUGGGGAGGUGAUCGAAGUGGGAGAUCAUGUCCGGUCUGUGCGGAAGGGAGAUGUUAUAGUGAGCGCUUUUACGACGUCUUGCGGUGCGUGUUUCUACUGCAAGCAAGGCUUCUCCUCGCGAUGCGAAAAGAACACCCUAUUCGGGUGCGACCACCUGAAUGGAUGCCAGGCUCAAUACGUCCGAAUCCCCCACGCAGACGGGACCGUCAUGAAGUCCCCCGAAGGCAUCAAGGAGGAGCUCCUAGUCCUAAUGGCAGACAUCUUCCCCACGGGGUACUUCGCCGCCCGCAACGCCUUCACCGGCUACACCCCGGAGCAGAUCGCCGAACAGACGGUCGUGGUCAUUGGCUGCGGACCCGUCGGUCUCUGCGCUUUGAUCAACGCCCUGGAAUGCAAGCCCAAGCAUCUCCUAGCGGUCGACUCCAUCCCGUCCCGCCUCGAGCUCGCCCGGUCCCUCGGCGCCGAGCCCUGGAACUUCCAGCUGGACCGCGCGGGUCUGGACAAGCGCGUCCUGGAACUGACCGAUGGGCGAGGCGCCGAUGCUGUGAUUGAGGUCGUUGGGUUGAGUCCGGCGUUGCGGACGGGCUUUGAUCUGCUGCGUCCUUGGGGGACGAUCAGUAGCGUUGGGGUGCAUAAUGGAGAGAUCCCGUGGGAUGGAAAUGAGGCGUAUGGGAAGAACCUGCGGGUCCAGAUGGGCCGUUGUCCUGUAAGGUCUGUGACGCCACAGGCAUUGGAGGUGUUGAAGAGAAACCAGCAUCUACUUGGAUUCAUGACGGACAAGAUCAUGCCCUUGACCCAGGCCGUCGAGGCAUAUGAUAUUUUCAAUGCGAUGAAGGUGCAAAAGGUCAUUUUCGAGGCUGAUAAAUGAAGGAGCAUUCAUUCAUUACGAUGCUCUGUGGGUAUUCGGGGGGUUGCGCAAUCGAAUGCAGUGGUUCUGCUGAGAGGUGCAAUGCAGGAGACAGUCUCCUAUCAUGAAACAGCGAACAAAACUAUGACUCGUAAACUAGAGAAAGAGAAAGAAGGAGAAGAAGAAGAAGGAGAAGAAGAAGAAGAAGCAAGAUAGACGAAGGAUUAAAUUUGCAAGGUAGAUGUUUGUUAUUGCGAUAGAAUACACUGUGUAAUCCUGGUAAUUCAAUACCGAAAUGGCUGC